AAUUUUUCUCAAUUUUAUUUCAUUUUUAAAAUUAAAAUGAUAAUAUUUUCAGGAAUGUGUCAAACCCCAAUGAAGAAAACAAAUCUUUCCGGCAGAUCCAUCUCUUGCUAAUUUCUAAGUUUAACCAUCUAUGAUGAAUAAAACAAAUUUGAAAUUCGAUAGUGAAGCACAGAAGUUAUUCAAGUUGCUAACGGAAACAGAAAUUGCAACCAUUGACCAGCUUCAGCAAUACAAUGAAGAAAAUCAGAAUCGUAUUUGCAUAAAUACUUUACUAGCGAUAAAAAAUUCCAUUAAAACUAAUGAUGAAGCAAUAUUUCGAGAAUUAUGUCGCAUCUUGGCAUUACUGAGUGAUUUGAACAUUUUUCCAGACUUAAUGUCUCGCCUUGAUAAAGACGACAAUCCUUUUAUAAAGUCUAAUGUGAUAAUAAUGGCUUGCAAAUACAACCGAUUGGAAAUCUUGAAUCACGUGCUCAGUGAAAGUCCUUCUAUUUUGAGAAAUCUCUCCAGUAAAGACGAUGGAAAUUUUCCUUCGCCUGCCGAUAAUGAUGAUGAAUGUCACAACGCCUUUUAUUACGCAGUACGCACAGGAAAUACGCAGCUCUUAGAGGUUUUGAUGAAGAAGUGGCCAUUGGAUUAUUUUUCGACACACAUCCAAGAGCUGUGUAUUCUCCUGUCAAAAAGCUUCAAUGAGUUAAUGCUAAAAAAUGUUGAUGUAUCAACCGAAAUGAAAAUGUAUAUACACAGCUUUUUGCUAGACAACUACUUUGAGCAAGUCAUUCCAUCAGACUCAACUGAUUAUUCUCACGAUGAUAUCCAAGAAAGUUUGUCACUUAUUUUGGAGUACAGUGGUUUAGUUCAAGCGAUGUAUAAAAUCAGCGAAUCAAAGUAUCAGAUGGUUUUCUUAGCGAAACAAAUAGCUCAGAAUAUAAUGUCAUCCAAAAAAAGACUGAAAUCUACAUAUGAUAGAAUUCCUUGGGAAGAGAUGGAAUUUCACUUAAUCUCCUUCAUCCGGUAUCUGAGUAAUCAAGGAAGUUACAUCAACUGCUUUGUUACAGAGAAUGACUUUGUAAAAUACCUUAAUAAUUUCUGUGAGUGCCUGGCCAAUGAAACAAAAGAAAUUAAUCUUAUAGAUAAAGAAGUGUUGAGAGAGCUUCCUGAAAAAAUAAAACGUGAUGAUGUGGUAGGCUGCAUAAUUUCCAAAUAUCCGCAUUUUGAAGAAUUUUACCAAAACUAUCAGAUAAUUCGUGAUCAUGAAUCUCUCAAUAUUAUUAAGAAAUAUGUCGACAUAGUGAUAGAAGUAGACAGUCUUGAAAACAGCGGGAAAACUGUUAUUGCUAGAGCUCUGCAAGUUUUAGGAGAGAAUUUGAAAAAUACACUAGAAUCGCCUAAACUGUCUUCUGCAACCAAUGACAAAUUGAUGCUGUUUAUACCUGGCAAAACUAAUGCUAUUUUAAAAUUCUUACGAGAUUCCUUUUCGCAUGGUUUUCCGUUAAUAACCUGUAAAUAUAUUGAAGAAAUGUAUGGUUCAGAAUUUUACACAUUUGUUCAGAAUGACUUGAAAACUCUAGCCCACGGAAUUACAUUGGCACUUCAGAAAAUAAAUUUUAUAACUGUCAGAACUCUGUUACAGAGAGUUUGUGAAUGUGAAGACAUGAAUGAAUUCAAUGAGAUUCUUCGAAUGAUUCGAAUGUUAACUAUUAAGCCUGAUUUAACAAACAUUUUACCAAAUAACGCUAUUAUGAAUGCACUGGAAAAGCUUGUAUCUGAUUUAAACGAAAUUAUAAAAGAAAAAUCACAUUUUGAAGAAAUUAUCUUCUCAAAAAUAGAAGAUAUCAUUAAAUUUGAAAAGAGUCAUUUGAAAAAUUCAGGAAAUGAAUUUGAAUUAACCAUGACGUUGUUAAGUACUGCACACAAUGUUGAGAGUCAAAUGGGUGGUUGUUUGAUGUCUGGAGUAAAGAAUUUUAUUAGAGAAAAACUAAAAGAACUAAAACCUAAAACCAUGUUGCAAGGCAGGAGCACAUUGGGAAUAUUGCUAUACCAGUUAGUCAAGAGCGUAAAAGAUAAAAUAGAAGAAAGGGAUUCAUUGAAAUUCUACUCUAUAAUUUCAAAAUUUUUUUACAUAUUUAAUAGUGAAGGGCUGGAAAUUAAAAACCUGCAGGAACUUAAAAAGAACUUUACCAAAACUAAGAAAAUAACUAUUGAUAAUAUUAGAAAAAUAAAAAAGUCAUCAACCACAUUUUAUCAGGAUAUCCUGUCAAACGAUAUAGCAGCUUUAAAGAAAAUUAUACACGAACAUAAUCUAUCUGAAAAUGACGUGGAUUCAUUUCUUAGGUAUAAAAUUAAUUUCAAAAUACAGGUAGAAAUUGAAAUGCUUAUAUUAUCACUUUUGUCUAGCUUAGAGCGUUCUGAGCAUUAUUUAAUAACUAGUCAGCUAUCUAACGAAGAUGACUCUCUACUAGUAGGCAGAUAUCUAAGGAAUUACUUAGCACAUGGAAAUCCUGUUGUGGAUAUUUUAAUGGAUUCAACUCAGUCAAUAUUUUUAUUUGCAGUGAAUAUUAUCAAGCAUGAUAUCUAUCGAAAAGCAAAUUUUACCAUCAAACAGAAAACGAAUCGAACGAAUGCAAAAUCUAUUGUUGAAAAUCAGGAAAGACUGUUUUGUGCUUUUGCUAAUGACUCCUUCAAUGAUGUGAUACACUGGAUAAAAAAAGGAGCUGAUAUCCAUGGAAGAGACAGCGACUUGAUGACAGCUUUACAUUUUGCUUCAAAAUCAUCUAACAUUGAUAAUAUAAAAUUCUUAAUUGAUCGUGGAUUGAACCCAAAAAUAAAGGAUUUUUGUGAUAGAAAUAUUCUCCACGUUGCUGCAGCUAUGGGUCGUGUAGACAUAGUUAAUUAUAUAAUUAAAGAACUGAAAAUCUCAGUUCAUCAAAAGUGCAAACAAAAUCAAACACCUCUUCAUAUUGCGACAGAAAAUGGUUGUUUUGACGUUGUGAAAACUUUACUUCAACACAUGGGUACAAUUGAUGUUGGGCCACUAUUUCAUACGCCAAUUUUUAAAGCUGUGAUUAAUAACAAUGCCAAAAUUGUAGAUUUAUUUCUUCCUCAUAUAGAAGAUAUAAACUCGAUCCGAAGUUCAUGA